AUUUAACCUUAAACCACUAACCCUGUCUCAGCUCUAAACACUCAACUCUGCUGGAAGCUGCCAUAGCUUGCACUGUACUCGUCUAUCAAAGAUGAUUACGGCGAUUUCGUGGGUACCGAAAGGGGUUGCAAAGUCAGAACCUCUUGUGGCUGACCCUCCCUCUAAGGACGAUGUUGAAGAGUUCAUCACCGCUCAUGCAAGGUCCUUUUCAUUUUGGAUUCUAUUCGCAACAACUCUCUUAUCAAACAAUGAUGAUGAAGAUGAAGUGGACCCUGAUGCCAAUAAACACGGCAACGAAGUUGCCCAGGCAUUAACCGUAGCAGACGCAAUUGGAAAAGCUUCCGCAGAAGAAUAUGACAACGUAACCCGUGCCUUGAAGGACCUUGACAUGGAACAUUACGACGAUGAGGACGAAGGGGUUGAGUUAUUCAGUUCGGGGAUUGGUGAUCUUUAUUAUCCAAGUAACGAAAUGGAUCCGUAUAUCAAAGAUAAGAAUGAAGAUGAGUCUGAAGAACUCGAGGAUAUGAUCAUUACUCCGACCGAUUCUAUCAUUGUUUGUGCCCGUAAUGAGGAUAAUGUCAGUUUUCUUGAUGUUUGGAUACUCGAGGAUGCAAAUUCUAGCGAGAUGAACAUGUAUAUUCACCAUGAUAUCAUAAUUCCAGCAUAUCCGCUCUGCACAGCUUGGCUCGAUUGCCCUCUUAAAGGAGGGGAAAGAGGGAACUUCUUAGCUGUUGGUUCAAUGGAACCUUCCAUAGAAAUAUGGGACCUUGAUGUUAUUGACGAGGUACAGCCAUGUGUGGUUUUGGGUGGCAUUACAGAGAAAAAGAAAAAGGGAAAAAAGAAAUCUGUCAAAUACAAAGAUGGCAGUCACACUGACUCAGUACUUGGUCUUGCUUGGAACAAGGAGUACAGGAAUAUACUAGCAAGUGCUAGUGCUGACAAGCAAGUGAAGGUUUGGGAUGUGGCUGCUGGGAAGUGUGAUAUUACACUGGAGCAUCACUCAGACAAGGUUCAAUCAGUUGCUUGGAAUAACCAUGCACCACAGGUUCUUCUUAGUGGUUCAUUUGACCGUACUGUUGUCUUGAAGGAUGGAAGGAAGCCAUCACAUUCUGGCUACAAGUGGUCAGUCACAGCAGACGUAGAGAGCUUGGCAUGGGAUCCACACACUGGGCAUUCUUUUGUGGUGAGUCUUGAAGAUGGAACUGUCAAGUGUUUUGAUAUUCGGGCUGCCCAAUCUGAUUCCCCAUCUGAGCUGGGUUCUACUUUUACACUUCAUGCACAUGACAAAGCUGUUACUUCAGUAUCCUAUAAUCCGGCGGCACCUAAUCUUCUAGCUACUGGAUCCAUGGACAAAACGGUAAAACUUUGGGAUUUAUCGAACAACCAACCAUCUUGUGUAGCAUCUAAAUCUCCUGAAGUCGGGGCUAUCUUUUCUGUUUCUUUCUCAGAGGACAACCCGUUCUUGUUGGCAAUAGGAGGCUCAAAGGGAAAAUUACAAGUAUGGGACACCCUAUCUGAUUCUGGCAUCUCUCGUAGAUACGAGAAAAACAUGAGUAGAUCUAAAUCUGGGUCUUGAUACAACGAGUGUCAAAAUUUUGGGACUCGCCCUAAAAUACAAAUGUCUAUCCAUGUCAUUUCUAUUCUCCGUAAGAGGGGAUAUUUGGUUUCUUUUCCUACAUAAUGUCUUCAAUGUUUCUGGUAGUUUAGGAGUAUUUAAAUUGAAUUAACAUUAGUUGUGUAAUAGGUUGAAAGGAUAUAUUAAGGAUGGAUUAAUACAGUUUGAUGUUGUAUUCCUUUUCACAAUCAUUUUA